AUGCACUCAGGCUCCAUGUCUUUUCUGAGCUACCCUGAGCUAUGCAGUGCUACAUCCUAUAGAGCUCACUGUUACAUCCCGGUGACACCUGCUAUUGCUUUUUGCCCCAAUGAUGUAAGCUCUACUGUUGGACAUUGCUUACCAAGUAGCUACCAAGGAAAUCUCUGGCUCCUGGACCAGUGCCAAGAAGCCUAUUGCAACGUACCAAGCUGUGAAUCUGCCAGCUGUGAACUGAAGACCUGUGCUACAAACUGUGACUCCCAGAACUUCUGUGUGCCCUGUGACUCCUCAUCGCCAGGACAAGCCAUCACUGCCUGCAAAAACAGCAACCUCACAUCCAGCCCCAACUACAGCUCAUGCACUCAGACCAAGGGGUAUGUAUCCAAUUGCUACACAACCUCUCUAUGUGCAUCUAAAGCCUGCCAGACCUUUCGCAAUGAUUCCAGCGGCUUUGGGCAACUUAACUACUUAUCCAAGAGACCCCAACACCUAAGCCACUGCAGACUUGGUGGUUUGGCAUAUAGAAGCUAUCCGACUCUUGGCUUUUUCUCCAGUGGUUUUUCACCAGCAUGUAAUAUUGCCAGAAGAUAUCAGCCCCGAAACUACUUAAUGAAAAAUUACCGAUAUCUGAAUUACAGACCUAUGAGCUAUCAACCACUGAGCUACUCAUGUAGCAAAUUUCGGUCUCUGAACUGCAAACCCAGUAGCUUUCCACCUCUGAGAUAUUUGUGCAGUGGUAGCAGACCUCUGAAUUGCUAUUGA